AUGAAGAGCUCUCAAGGGGAGUUAACUGUAGGAUUAUUUUUGGACUUAUUUGCCAGAUACAGUGAUUCGCUGAAGGAUAUGCACUUGCGGCGGACCAGCGCUCUGAUAGAAUAUGAAACUUGUGAGAAGGCUCUGGAAAAAGCCAAGCCAGUCAAAAAGGCAGCAGCAGAAGAGGCAUACGAAGCAGCCAAGAAGACAUUUGAACACAGCUCUGAAGUAGGGAAGAAAGAAAUCACUGCGUUUACACAGCUACGUUUGUUGAAUGCCUCCGACGCCUUGGCCAGGUACGCAGAGCAGCAGAUGAAAAUCUCCCAGGAGUUUCACACACAACUCUUCCACUCUCGCAAAGCUUUGCUAGAAUUGGAGUUGUGA